CUGCCUAUUGUUCUUGUUUGAAAUUUACGACGAAUGAUGAUUUUGCGUUUAACUUACUGUUUUCGAAGGUUGAUUUGUUAUUGGAUGAAGAGUAUUUGGCGUUGGUACUUUGUUGUAUGAGAAGAAGGAAAGAAUCGGAGUGAGAAUUUUUUUGCUUGGCGCUUGGUUUCCGUAAAAUGCGCUGAGUUGAUUUCGGAAACUAGGGUUAGUGGGGACAAUACAAUCUUUUGAUGUUUAUUUUGUUUUAGCAUAAACCUUUAGUUCGCCUGAAGGCUGGUUGUUCAUCCUUUUGACCGAGCUCAGUAGGUUAUUAGCUUCUUCUUCUUCUUCUUCCUUUUUUUCUUUUCUUUUUUUGCUCUCUCUCUCAAUUCCUUCCAAAAACAAAGGUCGUGCAAAUUGACAUGUGGAUGAUGAUCGCUGAUUAUAUGAGAUUUGCUUGGUAGCGAAGAGCAGGAGACGGGUCCAUAGACAUUCACAGACAAGAGUAAAUCCAGUUUAGAUUUCAUACAUGAAGAAGUUGUUCUUUUUCAGAUCUUCAGCACCUAGCAAUGGCAGUACCGAAGUUUCUCCAUCGAAAACAGAAAAACGAGAUUAUCUCGAGCAUCCAUUCGAAGGUACUGGUCUUAGAAGAAGUCGCUCACUGUCCGCAGCAUCGUUGCUUGACGGUGGGAAGCAGAAGAGUUCCUCUGGGUUAAAAGAUGAAAAUGGAGCUGCAUAUAGUAACUUAAUUGGCACUUCAGAUCAGCAGUGUGAACGUUCAAAUCGCCGUCAAAUAUCACCAUUAAGAAGACAGUGUAGAGAAAAGCAAUUUGAGAUGAUUUAUAACGAUUAUGGAGCUGUAACAGAGAGGCCAUGUUCUGCUGUGUCGUCCCGAAGCUAUUGUGAUUCUUCAGGAAAUUCUUCCGCUUCAUCUGGUAAUGUCUCGAGCAAAAUCUUGGAUCGGUAUAUUGAUAAUGGAGAGCAACAGGUAGAAUCAAGCAAACCCCAACACUGUAUUCCUCCCAGAAAUUACCCUGGACAUGGUAGUCGGAGGCGGCCCCCACGUGGUCGAAGUAUAGCACCUACUUCGCCGAAACAUGUUAUUAAUGAAAAGUCAAUGAGUCGUCCAUCUGAAGAAUUCCCAAGUUCAAAUUAUCACCACUUUCCUGCAAAGUAUGGUGAAAAUGGAUUAGGACAUGAAUCUCCAAGGACCAUAGCGAAGAAUCUAAUCGAGAUACUCUCCCAGUCUCAUGGGAUUCCUAAAACAAGUCCAAAGGGUUUCGACAAUAGUAUGCCAAUCACUGUAGGCGAUAUACUCGAUAGGUGCGCAAGUGAAGAGUAUGAUUCCAAUGUGGAUGUCAUACCCCAGAAAUUCUAUUCAGUUCAUGAACCUUCAGAAGCGAUUAAUAGAAAUAAGAUGGAGAAUUCUGGUUUAGAUAGACAGAACUUAAUAGAUCAUAGUGAAGUGUUGAACCUUGUUGAAACCAAAGAGGAAAUGGAUGGGGAACUCAAGAGGAGAAUCAAGGUGGCAAAGGAGAGAGUCAUGCUUUUCAGAGAAGAACGAGACCGGGAAAGCUUUCUUCAACAGAGGACCGGAGUUUCGGGUUUGGUUCAGACAAUUAGACAUCUUUCUGAGGAGAAAACGAGCUUAGCACUUGAGGUUCUAAGUCUUCUAGAGUCCCAAAUUAUUGAAAGGGCUUCUGCAAAGGAAGAGCUGAGACUGGCAAAGGAAACAUUGGAUUCUCAAACUAAGAAACUGGAUAGAGAAAAGAUUGAAUUGCAGUCAGAACUGGAGGUAGAGCUCGACAGAAGGUCGAACGACUGGUCGUUAAAACUAGAAAAAUACCAGUUGGAAGAACAGAGGCUUCGUGAAAGAGUUCGGGAGCUAGCAGAGCAGAAUGUAUCUCUACAGAGGGAAGUUUCUCUUAUCAAUGAGAGGGACACAGAGAAUCGAAGCCUAAUAUCAAAUUCGGAGCAAAAAGUUAAGGAAUUAACCAUAAUGAUGGAUAAAUUUCGGGACGAAAACCAAGUUUUGAUGCAGAAUCUCUCCGACUUGCAAGAUAAGUACGAAACUGCUAAAGAAGAUAGAGAAUCCUUUAAGAGAAAUUUUGAGGAGAAGGAUAAAGAAUGCAAGGAGUUGUAUAAAGCAACAACAAGAUUAACGAGGACCUGCUGUGACCAGCAGAAAACAAUCGAUGGAUUGCAGGAAAGGUUUACUCAAGAAUUAGGGAAGAACACAGAACUUGAAAAGUUAGAUAAGCGAGUCGUAAAAUUGCAGAUGGAGCAAAUAAGGUUAACUGAAGUAGAACUGGGAUUAAGAAGGGAAUUAGAAUCUUGCAGGUUCGAAAUUGAUUCCCUUCGGCACGAGAACAUAAGCAUCUUCAAUCGCUUAAAGAAUAGUGAGAAAGAUAAUGGUGCCUUAACCAUCAAGCUGGAUGAGGAAAUGUUAGCUCGCGUUGAUUGUCUACAACAUCAAGGGCUAACAUUGUUAAACGAAAGCUCCCAGUUAUGUGCAGAAUUACUUGAAUUCAUCAAAGGGAAAGUUCAUUACCUUUCAGAAAGUAUACAGGGGAUGGAGGCUGUGAAGAACAAUCUGGAUGGGCUAUACUUCAUUGAAUCUGAGAUGAAAGUUCAAGGAUUAAAGCGUGGAACCGAAAGCUUAAAACGGAGUUUAUCGAUAGUAUCUUCGUUGUUGCAUAAGAAAACCAAUGCAGAUGGGUUAAUGCAUUUACAUGGUGAUGCUUCAGAGCAUGUUUUAAACUCCGAGCUCAAAGCUGAACGGUUGUUAACGAGUCUGGUGAAAGAGAAGCUUUACUCUAAGGAGCUGGAAAUCGAGCAGCUGCAAGCUGAAAUUGCAACGGCAGCUAGAGCAAACCAUAUUCUUAGAUGUGAAGUGCAAAAUGCACUAGACAACUUAUCCUGCAUUACACACAAGCUAAAGGAUCUUGAACUCCAGAUUCUGAAAAGGGAUAAGAAUGUGAACCAGCUACAAAAUGACCUUGAAGAAUCUACCACAGAAUUGGCUAUCAUUAGGGGAACCGUGCCAAAGAUUUCUGAGGAGAGAGAUAUUAUGUGGGAUCAAGUGAAACAAUACAGUGAAGAGAAUAUGCUACUUAACUCGGAGGUUAAUCUAUUGAAAAAGAAGAUAGAAUCCUUGGAGGAAGACAUACUUCUCAGGGAAGGUCAGAUCACGAUUCUUAAAGACUCCAUGAGAAACAAAUCUUUUGACCUUCUGGGUAAUAUUGAAUCUACAGACGAGUUUCUUGUACGAUGAGACAGACCAAGAGAAUCGGGUUACGAUUAGUUAGAUGAUCUCGCUGUUCAUAGUCAUUAUUUUCAAGGUGCUUUUGAAUUUCAAGCUUUGAAAUAACAAUCUGAUAUGUUUUUUGCUACUAGCAUUAGUGAUAUAGAUAUAUAGAUAGAGAAUCGUGGAGAAGAUUCUGACUGUAAUUAUAUUUGGUGUGUAAACCUAUCAAAUGUUAAUAGAAAAGAUCAGUCAAA